UCGGCUUCCCUUAAGUGUGUUGUGCGCGUUGUUUCGCCAUGCCGGCGGAAAGUGUGCGCUGGGAGACGUUGGAGGCUCUGAAACAGUCCGCGAAGGGACAACUGAAAUACAGCGCGGACUGGCUGGAGAAGGGAGAGGAUGUUUUGUCAGGCUGUAAUGAGGUCCCAAGCCUGUGCCCGCUGUCCGGGUUCAUCCUGGAGAGGCUCAGCCCUCGACCCCAGCAGAAGACCAGCUCGCUGGGCUCCGUCUCCUGCGACUCAAGUCCCAGUCUUCGUGAGGAGAUCCCAGCCUCACUUUCCUCUACAAGCUUAUUACAGGGUGUCUGCGAUGAGGUGAAGCUGGAGGAGGACCAGGCGCAGGAUGUCAGCACUGCGUCGAGUCCCUCCUCACCACCAACCAUCUCCCUGCUGUCCCCCAGAGCCACCCAGAUGGCGGGAUGCAUCCUCAUCUGUGAAGAGAAAUACCGCGCCAAGGCCAAGAUGAAGCUCAGCCAGAGACAGGAAGAGCAGGAGCACCUCACAGCAUCGCUGGCGAGCCGUGAGUCUGAGCAGCUCAAACGCUUGGAGGAGUUCAUGGAGCUGAAGCAGCGGCAGGAGUACCAGAGCGUGAGGGACAUGAUGGACAGGGAAAUUAAAGAGAGCAUUGGGCGUCAAGAGAAGCUGAAAGAAGAACACAGGCACAGGAUGAAGAUCCUCAACCUGCGUCUUCGGGAGGCGGAGCAGCAGCGCCUUCGGGAGGUGGAGCUUGAGCGCCAGCGGCAGGCGGAGGGGAGAGAGAGGCUUCGCAACCUCAACACCAUCCAGGAGGAGAUCCUGAGACUCAACCAGCUCCUGGAACCUUCCACCCAGACCAAGACAGGCCCCGUCCACCCUGACCUCACUUCCUACAUCACCCGCGGCAACCAGCUCUGCUCCCAAGUCUCUGAGGUGGUGCGCACCACGACGGAGGGCCGGUUCCCCAGCAUGGAGGACAUGAUGGUGGCCGAGCGUGCCCUACAGGAGAUGAGGGAGUUGGUCCGCCUGAUGCAGGAGGAGACGGCCAAGUCCCAGGAGAGGAGGAGAAAGGAGCUGGAAGAGGAGGAGGAGUGCAGGAAGCAGGCGGAGGCGCUGGCCCGGCAGGAGGAGCAGAAGAAAGUCGCUGCCUCCACCAAAGAGAAGGUGCUGAGGGAAGCAGGUCUGCAGCUCAGAGCUGAAGACAGCACACUGAAAUGGUACAGGGACCUGCAGGACUCGGCUGCUCAGUGUGCCCAGUCGUUCCAGGAGUUGAACGUCCAGAAGGACAGCCAGACAAAGAAGUUGAGGCUGGAGCUUCAGAAGGCGGCCACCAUCCCCGUCAGCCAGAUCUCCAGCAUCUCGGGCUCGCAGCUCAGAGAGAUCUUUGACAAGAUGGACAAGCUGCUCUCCGGGCGCUCAGUGCUUUCUGGUGGGAAGUCCAUCUCCACCUCCCUGCACCCCAAAGGCCUGGAGUUCGUCAGCUACAAACUGGCUGAGAAGUUUGUGAAACAAGGAGAGGAGGAGGUGGCGUCGCACUAUGAGGCGGCGUUCCCCAUCGCUGUGGUAGCGUCUGGUGUGUGGGAGCUCCACCCCCGGGUGGGUGACCUGAUCCUCGCCCACCUGCAUAGGAAGUGUCCGUAUGCCGUGCCGUAUUUCCCCCCCAUGAAGGAAGGCACCCCCAUGGAGGAAUACCAGAGGAUGCUGGGUUACCGAGUGGAUGACUCUGGGGUCGAAGGUCAGGACAGCUUUCUGAAGAGGAUGUCAGGAAUGAUCCGCCUGUAUGCAGCCAUCAUCCAGUUGAGGUGGCCCUACGGCUCUACGCAGACGACUGACCCACACGGGCUGAACCACGGCUGGCGCUGGCUGGCCCAGACCCUCAACAUGGAGCCUCUGGCUGACGUGACGGCAACGCUGCUGCUGGACUUCCUGGAGGUUUGUGGCCAUGCUUUGAUGAAGCAGUACCAGGGACAGUUCUGGAAGCUGAUUCUGCUCAUCAGAGAGGAUUACUUCGCGAGGAUCGAGGCGGUGACCAGCACUGGACAGAUGGGCUCAGUCACCAGACUAAAGCACUUCCUGGAGAUGUGUCUGAGAAGCAAGCAGGUCAGUCCACCUAAAGGCCAGCUAACCUCCGCCUUCUGGAGGUCCUGAUGGAGGCCAAACUUGGACAUCCAGCAGAGCCACCAUCUGGCGUCCGACACCGCGGAGGACGACGCGGUGACACAGGCUGAAGACAGGAAGUUGGCCUCAGCUGCUGGAUGGAUGCUGCUGAAACCUCCGUGGACACCACUGUUGGACGAAACCCCUCAAAUCCAGUUAGCUAGCCUUCAUGUGGACUUCCUGUUGUAUGUAAACACAGUGUGUCUGGGAAACCAGCGGGCGGCGUCUGGUAACUUAUGAGCUGGAGAUUUAAACGGAGCCUUACUGGUGGAUAGAAACCAGUUGGGUUCGUCGCCUGUGUUCUUUAUCGAUGGUUUUUGGAGAAAACCGUCCUCAUCUGUAUCCGCUGGUUCCUCCGAUAGACCAGAAACACGUCACUGCUGGUUUCCACGGGUUUAGAACAGGCAGUUCAUAUGAUGCAGAUGACAGGCAAGUUUAUUUGUUCUUUCAUUUUAAAGAAAAUAAUGUUUUAUCAAAGAAAUCUUUCUUUUUUUUUUCCUUCUCUGUGUGUGGAGAUGGUCAGAUGGAUGUAGCCUCCAGUUACCCUGAAUACUUCUGAAUUUUAACCACCGUAAUUAUCUGGGGGAGCACGUGGAAACUGUCUUCUUUUAUGUUUUCGAAGAGGCGGCGCGGUGGUGCAGUGGUUAGCGCUGUCGCCUCACAGCAAGAAGGUCCUGGGUUCGAACCCCGGGGUAGUCCAACCUUGGGGGUCAUCCCGGGUCAUCCUCUGUGUGGAGUUUGCAUGUUCUCCCCGUGUCUGUGUGGGUUUCCUCCGGGUGCUCCGGUUUCCUCCCACAGUCCAAAGACAUGUAGGUCAGGUGAAUCGGCCGUACUACAUUGCCCCCAAGUGUGAAUGUGUGUGUGUGUGUUUGUGUGUUUGUGUUGGCCCUGUGUGAUGGCCUGGCGGCCUGUCCAGGGUGUCUCCCCGCCUGCCGCACAGUAACUGCUGGGAUAGGCUCCAGCAUCCCCGUGACCCUGAGAGCAGGAUCGGCGGUUGGGAUGAUGGAUGUUUGGAAGAUGUGUUGUUCAGAUUUGCAGGGGGGAGUUCGGCAUUCCUCUAACGAGAGUGAUCUGAUCACCCCUGUGACGUUGGCGUCGAACCUGCGACUUAAACUGGGUGUAGGUUCCAGUGCUUAUGCUCUUAAUAUGACGUGUGACCUCCAUAUUUGUUUUUAUGCAUGUUAAAAAUUGUGGUUUGAUAAACUGUACCGCUGCCGAUCUUAACAGAGCAUAAAGGAAAUGAGUGGAAUUAAAAAUGUAUUUUUACACCUUAUAUGAAUCAUUUUAACCAAAACCAGUCGGUCUUGUAAAGACCCUCCAGUCUUCAGAAACGUGUUGUUUUGUAAUCAUAUCUUAUGGUGACUCGUAAAGAAGAGGGGUCAAUAUUUCCUUCUUUUUUUUUUUUGCAGAAAUAUGAGAUCAGUCUGGAGUCAAACCUUUGGACUGGAGAAGUACGCGUGUGUAAAUGUCAGAGUACGAAUCUAAAACACGAGCGGUUCUGAUUCUGUUGGGUGGGUGUUGCAGAAUAUUUUGUCAAGACUCCCCGUCUGGAAAUAAACGUCACCAUUCACUGGAACU